AUGGGGGCUUCCACAGCUGUGGCCAAACAGACGUCGUUCCAAACCGACGGGAAGCAGCAGAAACGGGGGCAACGAAGGCGUUACACCAAGACCAAAUUUGGAUGCAGGACUUGCAAGAUUCGUAAAGUCCGUUGCGAUGAAACCUGGCCGUUAUGCAACAAUUGCAGGAGGACAGGCCGUCAGUGUGAUGGCGUUGCCCAGACUGCCGCCAAAAGCAAGAACGACGUCACUUUUAUCAAGCCUUUGACGCUUUCCCACUUUGAAUCUCUCCAGCCGGCAGAGUCAUACGCAGAGGAAUUCGAAUCCGUGGAUCAUGUCUGCUCUCGACUGGUGCACUGCAUAGCCAAGGAGUUUGGACGUCCCUGCUGGAAACCUAUCAUAUUUCACACUUCCAUUGAAGAACCGUCUUUAAGCAGUGCCUCUACGGCGUUCUGUGCUUUGUGCGGCCAAUAUAGGGGAACCAAGUCAGCAAUGGCGUCCCUCGACGCCUCGAUGCCCGCAAUAAAACCCAAAGUCCGAGACGCCAUUUUUGACUAUGAAAAACGAAUACAGAAGCAAAGGGAACAGACCACAAGCGUGUGUGAUCGAUCCAUGAACGUGGUAGUUAUCAGACUUGUAAUAUGCGUCUUCUUCGAGCUGCUCAUGAACAACCUGCAGACGGCCCUGAGCCAUUUGCAGCACAUUUCAAGCAUAUUGGCCUGCAAUAAAUAUGCUGUCGACAGAGACCUGGCGCUUGCGCUCACAAGACUCGAGCUGCAAGCAGCGAACCUAUUAACCUUUGGCCAGCAAUUUUCCACCAGCCGCUCCCUUGGGGACACAAGCCCGGCGCCAAACCGGUCCUUCAUAGAGCUAGAAUCAGAAGUAACAUACCUAGUUGGCACCGUGUUUUCAUUCCUCCGAAACAAAGCAGACCAGUACCGUUACGGGAGCCCUGGCUCCAUCCUACCGGACAUCUUGAUCGAGGCCAGCACUCUAGAAUCACAGCUGCACCACUUUUCUGGGCGAAUUGACCAGAUGAAGUCGCUUUCGAGUAGCAGCGCGGCUAUAUCCCCGAUUGAAGAAGCACACUUGCGUAUGAGGACGUUGACAGGAGUGAUUCUCGUGGCCACUUCGCUCUACGCCGAAGAAUCCAUCUACGACCGAUUCAUGCGCGAUUUUCUCAUCAUAGUGGAUUGUGCGGCGACCUUGUUGGGGAACAUUCCCGUCACCAACGUGGUUGAGGACCCAGAUCUAACGCUCGAGCCUGGCAUUUUCUACCCCCUUUACCUGACAGCUUGCAAGUGCAGAGCGUCCAAUGUCCGACGGCGUGCCAUCAGCCUGUUAUACGAGGUGUCCAAGUUGGGGGGGGCCCGCGAUGCGUACUUAUACGCUCAAGUUGGACAGCGGGUGAUGCAGCUGGAAGAGGCUUGUUCAGACGAAGAACAGCCGACAGACUCCAAAGAAGUGGCCGUGGCCGUGGCCGUGGCCGUAGAGGGCUUCCGGCGGCAGGAUGCCACAAGUUCAUCCGCCCGAAAUCGAUAUCAACGACUCUGCGAUACAGUGAGUCCACGCCGCAAAACUCGGACCCUCUAUAUUCCAUAUUCCUUUGCGACGGGAUUAUCUCACUCACCCAGAAUCUGA